AUGAAUCACAAUGUGUCCUUUCACAGCGCUCAGCAUUUGCCGCUUCGUCGUCAUUUCCGAUCGAUGGCAGGGGUGAGCCCGGGCAUUGAGGGAAGUUGCACUGCUCAGGACAUUGCUCCUACCCAAAACCGACUGUUUGCUCUCAUCAUAGGCGUCAAUGAGUAUCUCGACCCUGCACACAACCUCUCAGGCGCCGUCAUGGAUGCGCUAAGGAUCAGAUCGCUCUUGAGCAGCCAGCAACCGCCAGUAAGCGAUAAACGCAUCAUCUUCGUCGAGGACAGUGGAGCUACUGCGAGGAGGAUCGUCAAGUUUAUCGAAUAUCUGUGUGUGCACACUGUCGAUCUAUCUACAAUGGAGGAGCUCCAACCCGAGAUCCACGGCAAGGACGUGCCAAGGCAUGGAGAUCCAAUCUUCAUAUACUAUGCGGGACAUGGCAGUACACUUCCCAGACCACGUGGCUGGCCGAGCGCACAGUCGCGCAUCCAGUGCUUAUCCCCGCAUGAUGCUUGUAUAGGUGACGAUGAGUCGGUCAUCAACGUCAUCCCGGAUCGAACGUUCGGCGUGCUCCUUGUACGUCUUGCUGAGGCUAAGGGGAAGAACAUCACCGUCAUGCUUGACUGCUGCCAUUCUGGCUCAGGUACCCGAGACAGGGCUGUUCCGCGCUGCAUCGAAUUCAAGAGUUCAAAUGGUACAGAACUCACCGUCAACGCGUCAGACCACCCGAACUUCUUGACGGGCUUUCGACGCGGGACGGUUGAUUAUCUGCCAGAAUUCUUGAACUCAAGCUUGACGUCUCACGUCGUUCUGGCUGCUUGUGGGCCUCACGAGAGUGCCUAUGAGGAUAGCAUUCGCAAGGAAGGGAGGUUCACUACGGCCUUUCUGAGCGUUCUCGCGAACGCGGGUACGGAUACGUUGACGUAUGCCGAUGUGAUCAAUCGUCUCAGCUACUUGCCGUCUCAAACGCCACGAUGUGAGGGCCGCGACAAGGAGACGCGGAUACUGUUCGACGCGGGUCUCAAGCAACGUAAUCGUCACUGCUACGAGAUCAAGAUCUGUUCGGACCAGCCACAGCGUGACCUGUACACAAUAUCUGCGGGCCAAAUCCAGGGAAUUGGUGAAGGUGACGUGUUUGCAGUAUUCCGAAGCCCCGAUGACUUCGUAUCUGGAGGCGACACUCUUGGCCAUCUUGUUGUAGAGUCGCUCACGGCAGAUACAAGCUCCGCAUCAAGCACCGAUGGGUUUGUGGAUGCUGCUUUCGACAUGGCCAGUGCCGUCGCCGUUCUAUCACGGGUGAAGAGUCCUGACGCAUUCCGCGUGGAAGUGGCUAUCAACGAAGCUCCAGAGCUCAAAGGACGAGUCCUUGAUGCCCUUCGUCAUGUAGUCUGCGAGUCGGUGGACUCUGCAAAUAAACUCCGUCCCUCCGAGGCCUCUGUUCCACGUGUCGCCACAUCAUCUCCGGCAACGAAGGCAACCAUCACUAUUGUUUCGGCCGACGAAGCACAAAAUGCGGUCUUUCUUACCUUCAGAAAUGGAGUCGUCCCCGAGAUUCUAGGACUCGAGAGGUUGUGCGGACCGAUUAAGGCUGACAAGGACACACUCAUCCAUGUCUUGCGCUCCGCCGCGCAUUUCUUUCGUCAUCUUGGAUCAUCCUCUUUACCGUCGGGCAAACUCGAUACACCAUCAGUCAAAAGAGAUCUGGAGAUUGAUGGGCGCGCCGAGAGGGAGAAGAGCGAUGAGUACAUCUUCCUGUGGGUGUUUCGCUCGAUCUGUCACCUUCUCCUUGCACGCUUCGGUAUAUUACAAUCGUCAAGGCCCAUUAUCCAUUAUCUUCCGCCUUCGACAAUUCUUCUGCGCGAUCAAGUCGACAUACACAUCUGCAAGCUUGAAGGAAGCUUGGGUCUGGACAGCGAAGGAUUAGUGGAGACGCGUCUACUGCCGGAGGGUUCUUACAUCGACGCCAAGCGGUGUGGCAUCUUCAAGCCCGUCCUGUCUCACGUAGACGACGACCACCCGACCCAGGAGCUAUACGGUAUCCAUGUCCUCAAUAGGUCGGGCGUGAACUUGUAUGCUUGGCUUUUCUAUUUUGACUGUAGUACACUCCAGAUCAUCGAGUACUACUCCCCUCCGGUCGUAUCGGGGAAAGGCGACCCGCCCCUCCCUGCCCACAUGUCGGCACCACUGCCUUUGAACUACGGGGACUCGGGAGGCAUACCGCUUGCUUUCGAGUUGCCCGAUGGUCAGGAUCGCGAUGGCGGUUUCCUGCGACUUUUUCUCUCAACGCAAUACAUUGAUCUGUCUAAUCUGGCUCAGGAUGCCAUUGUAGAGCCAGAUCAGGUGAUGGGUGUUCUGACUGCCGAACGCUUGAAAUCGGUUGCGGCGUCGAUGUGGGAUGCGAUUACCAUUCCGGUCAGACUUGGAUAG